ACAUUCUGGAACGCUGGGACCUGUAAAGGCAGCCGAUGCGAAAAUGACAGACAUUUUUGGAGAAGAUAUUUAUGAAUUAGCGACUUAACAUAAACAUUAAAGGUUGGGAAAAUGUCGUAUCUUAACCCAGGCGGUCCUGCUACCAAUGUUACAAACAACCCUUCCUCAAGUCUGAUUCCGUCACAGCAGGAUCUUACUGCUAGAAGAGGAAGUAUUGGAAGCUCAUUGAAGGGUAGAAGGCGUAGUACUGUCGGAAAUGUACUACAUACUGCAGAAUCUAUUAAGGAGAAACAGGCCAAAGCAAGAGAUGCAAGAGAGACUAGGAGGGCAUUUCUGACACCUGCUCAUAAGUAUAUUUUGGGUAUGGUUGGAAAUCAUCUCAAACUUGAUGUCGGAGCUGCAGAAGAAUUGUUACUUGAUUCAGAACGGGAUAUGAAUAUAUUUGAAUCAUUCAUGAACAAAGAUGGCAUCAGAUGUCUCAAGUUUUACUAUCAAGAGGCUCCCAUGCCAAGUUUAGAAGAGUGUGGGAGAACUGUACCUGGUGUUGCCAAGGGAACUAUUGUGAAUAGAUUGUUUAUUACCAGUGGAACUGGAGAGAAACUUAGUGGUAUCUGUUUGUAUUUCAUCCGUACAAGAAUGGAUGUAAACAUCACUAUCAAAAAUGUUGCGGAGGAGGUUAACUUUGGUGCUUUGGACAUAAAAGACUGUGAUGGUAUACUGGGCAUGUUUGAGAUGGUUAUGGCUAAAGUUUUCCAGCCAAUGAUAGAAGGAUUUAAUAGAUGGGGAGAACUGAGCGCUACUCCUAAUGGACGCAAAACCAUUCAGAAGUUCCUAGAUACUACAUCAGGAUUUGUUGGCUAUAUGCAAAGUGCUCAAGCAAAUGCUGGUGAAGGUGUAAGACUAGUUGAAUAUACUGGAGACAAAGUGAAUCUGUAUGCAAUCAAGGAGUUAAAUGAGUGUAUAAAUCUAGCAUCUGACCCUGAUGUUGUCAGUGACAUGGAGGAUCUUACCAGUCAGUGGUGUAAACAGAUUGAACAGAUACUGGCAGAGAGUGAUCAGAUGCGUAAAGAGGCAGAUGAUACUGGGCCUAUAGCAGAGUUAGAUCACUGGCGGCAGCUGACCGCACGGUUUAAUGCUCUGUUAGAUCAGAUCAAGUCACACAAGUGCAGAAUGGUCAUAAAUAUUGUACAUAUUGCGAAAUCUAGAGUGAUGAAGAAAUGGAAAGAGUUGGAUAAAAGGAUCACAGACAGUGCAAAUGAAGCCAAGGAUAAUGUUAAAUAUCUGUACACACUAGAAAAAUACUGUGAUCAUCUCUACAGGCAAGACCCAGUGUCAAUGCUAGAUUCUCUACCAGGGUUGAUUAAUGCCAUCAGAAUGAUACAUUGUAUCUCAAGGUACUACAAUACAUCAGAGAGGAUGACAUCCCUGUUCAUAAAGGUUACAAACCAAAUGGUAACAGCAUGCAAGUUGUACAUUAUCAGUGGUAGUUCAGAGCGUAUCUGGGAUAUGGAAAGGAAGCCUCUGAUGGAGAAAUUACAGAACAGUUGUAAACUGUACAAAGCCUAUCAUGAUGUCUUUCACAGGAUGAAAGAAAAAGUUGAACAAACUCCAGGACAAAAGCCAUUUGAAUUCUCUGAGAUGUACAUCUUUGGAAAGUUCGAGACAUUUUGCAAGAGGCUUGAGAAGAUCAUAACUCUUUUAAAGUAUAUUGAGACAUUCAGCUCUCUCCCAGAGUCCAGGAUAGAGGGGUUAGAACCCUUCAGCUCAAGGUUUCAGCAGAUAUUCACCAGCAUAAAGAAGAAACCUUAUGAUGUACUGGACCAGAGAAAGACUGAUUUUGAUCAAGAUUAUGAUGAUUUCAGGAGACAGCUUUCAGAUGUCGAGAUUGGAAUUGAGAAGUUUAUGAACAACAGUUUUAAGAAAAUUCCAUCAACUCUACAGGCUCUACAACUUCUAGAAAAGUUUGAGAAGUUGGAUAUUCCAAGACUGAACAUAGAACAGAAAUACUCAACAAUAUUCCUGCAAUAUGGAGAGGAGGUUGAAGAAAUUCGAAAGCUGUACCAAAAGUUGAAAGAUGAUCCAUCUAUACCAAGAAAUAUGCCACCAGUAGCUGGUAGAAUAACUUGGGUGAGGCAGCUGGCACAAAGAAUCUUCGACCCAAUGGAAAUCUUCAUGGCCCAUCCUUCGUGUUUGAAAGGGGAGGAGUCAAAGAAAAUAAUAAGAAACUACAAUAGACUGGCCAAAGUGUUGUUGGAAUAUGAGGUCAUGUACCAUGUAGCUUGGAAGAAAUCUGUAGAGGUCUGCACAAAUAACUUGCAGGUUCCAGUUCUCAUUAAACAUCCAACAAAAGAGCAGCUGAUGGCAAACUUUGACCCAUACAUAUUUGAAGUUAUCAAGGAGUCGGAGUACAUGAUCAAGAGAGAUCUUGAUAUUCCAGAUGAUGCUAAAGUUCUAGUUCAUUCAACUGAAAAACUGAGGGAUCACUAUGAAAAGAUGCAGAUGUUGCUAGGAGAGAAUACACAAAUCAGAUCAAGCAUACCACCAAUAUUUAUUACACCACUUAGUCCCGUCUUGAGGAAGGUUGACAGUGCAUUGAGGCCAGGAUUGUUUGCUCAUACAUGGACUUCACUGAGUCUACCAUCAUUCUUCAGGAAUGUCAAAGAUGCUCUCAAAGACCUCCAAAUUGUUGUGAAACAGGAAAACGUCUGUGUGAUUACAAUCAGCAACAAAAGCCUAAUAACGCAUUUUACAGUGAAUGACAUCAAGUUUACGAGGAUAACAUGUUUGAAAGAGAUUAGUGAGACUUCUUUGAUUUACCUGAAGGCCUCUGAGGUAUCAGUGUCUGGGUCAGUAACAAUAAAUUAUGGUGAGACUGGGACUGAGGAAGAUGCUAAUGAAGAACAGACAGUCAAAGAAGCAUGUGAUGAGCUCAAUGAACAUUUCAAGCAUAAACUGGUAGAGGCACUUCUUAGGUCAACAAGAUAUUCACUGGAUGUAAUGAGGAAAAGGUUUUUUACUAGGACCAAUGUACAUAGCUUUGAUGAUGCAGCUGGUGGCGUACAUGAUUCCAGGAUACCCUUUUUCACAGCCGAUAUUACACUAGCCAUUCCAAAUGUGGUGAUGCAGCCUAACCUAGAAGAUAUUCAACAAAGUCUCAACAAGGCUUGUCAGCUUAUUUUAGAUAUUUCUAAAGGUGUGUAUCAGUGGGGCCAGAACAGGCCUGACAGCAAUCCAGUACAGGCUGCAAGCAGACACGGGAAGCGGUCAAGUUUAUGCCUGCCAGGUGUUUCUCCAGAUGCUUUGUUACUUCUCCCCAUGGAAGUAACAAUGAAGAACUACUACAAAAGUGUUUCUGAGAAUAAGGAUGUAUCUAAAUUCGUGAUGAUGAUGUCCUCGGCUAUGUCCUCACUGAAACCUGAUGUACUAGAGGCUCUGCAGAGAUACUCAGACUAUGCUUUCCUGUGGGAGAAGGAUAGACAUGAGGCAGUCAGGGAAUUCAUGGAAGAGAAUCCCAUUCUGUCAGAGUACAAGGCCAAGUUGAUGAUGUUUAAGAAGUUAGAGAACUACAUAGAUGACAUCCAGAUAUCUGAGACAGUUGGACCAAUAGAGCUUUUCACAGAAUCUUUGAAGUUGGCUUUGAGAGUUGAGAUCAAUGCCUGGAAGUUGUUGUUUGGUAAAGAGCUGAAUGAGACAUACAAGAAAAAGAUGGAGGAGAUACUAGCAUUUAUUGAUGACUACAGUAAGAGACUUAGUCGACCAAUCAGAGAUCUAGAUGAUGUGAGACAGGCUAUGUAUGCCCUGUCUGACAUCAGAGAACACCAUAUAAGCAUUGAUAUGGGACUUGGACCUAUUGAGGAAUCAUACGCAAUGCUGAAUGACUUUGGAGUAACGGCGCCCAAAGAAGAAAAUGACAAAGUGGACACACUAAGAUAUUCCUUCCAGAAAAUGCUAGUUAUGGCGAAUCAAGUGCAAGACGACCUUGUCCACCUACAGCCAGGCUUUAAAAAAGAACUGUUAACUUCUGUAGAAAUUUUUCACAAAGAUGUUUCAGAUUACACACUUAACUACGAUCAGGAUGGACCAAUGGCCGAGGGAAUAUCUCCAGUAGAAGCAAAUGACAGACUACAGGUUUUUCAGAGUCAGUUUGAUGAACUGUGGACAAAGUUCAACAUAUACAGUGGUGGAGAACAGUUGUUUGGUCUAUCAGUUACAGACUACCCAACUCUUGUCCGUAUAAAGAAGGAGUUGAACCUCUUACAGAAGCUGUAUGGUCUGUACAGUCAAGUGAUGACAAGCAUCAGUGGAUACUUCGAUAUUCUUUGGACUGAGGUGGAUAUUGAAAAAAUAAACCAAGAACUAUCAGACAUGCAGAACAGAUGUCGAAGACUUCCAAAGGGUUUGAAAGGAUGGCAAGCAUUCUUAGAUCUGAAGAAGGAGAUAGACGAUUUCAGUGAGUCCUGUCCACUUCUGGAACUUAUGGCCAAUAAAGCAAUGAAAGAACGUCACUGGGAAAGAAUGGCCAAACUUACUGGACAUACAUUUGACUUUGACUCUGAAAAUUUCACAUUGAGAGACAUUAUGAAAGCUCCCUUGUUGAAGUACAAGGAAGAGAUUGAGGAUACCUGUAUCUCUGCAGUAAAAGAGAAAGACAUUGAGGCCAAGUUGAAGCAAGUAGUAGCAGACUGGAGUGCAAGAGAACUUAGUUUUUCUAAUUUCAAGGCUCGUGGCGAACUUCUGUUAAAGGGAGGAGAGACAAUGGAGAUUGUAGCCCAACUAGAAGAUGGGCUAAUGGUUCUUAGUUCCUUGCUCAGUAAUAGGUACAAUGCCCCCUUCAAAAAGAAAAUCCAAGAAUGGGUUGGCAAAUUGUCAAACACUACAGAUAUACUUGAAAACUGGAUGAUUGUGCAGAAUCUUUGGGUGUAUUUGGAAGCUGUGUUUGUUGGUGGAGACAUUGCAAAACAAUUACCACAGGAAGCAAAGAGAUUUCAGAACAUCGACAAGUCAUGGGUUAAGAUUAUGGUGAGAGCUCAUGAGAUGCCCAAUGUUGUGCAAUGCUGUGUAGCUGAUGAAACCAUGGGGCAGUUGUUGCCUCAUCUUCUGGAACAGUUAGAAGUGUGCCAAAAAUCCCUCACAGGGUACUUGGAAAAGAAGAGACUGGUCUUCCCAAGAUUUUUCUUCAUCUCUGAUCCUGCCUUGUUGGAAAUACUUGGUCAAGCUAGUGACUCCCACACAAUACAGGCUCACCUAUUGGGAGUUUUUGAGAAUGUGAAUGAAGUGGAAUUCCAUGAAAAAGACUAUGACAGGAUUCUGUCAGUUAUCUCAAAGGAACGCGAGAAAAUUAUGCUGGAAACUCCAGUGAUUGCCAAGGGUAAUGUAGAAUUGUGGCUUGGAGAACUUCUGAAAGAGCAAAUGAAGUCACUACAUGGGGUCAUUAGAGAUGCCUUUAGAACCAUUUUUACACCUGAAUUUGAGCUUCUAGGAUUUCUGAACAACUUUCCAGCUCAGGUUGGCUUGCUUGGUAUACAGAUGAUCUGGACACGAGAUGCAGAAGAGGCCCUUACCUUAGCAAGGUCUGACAAAAAGAUUAUGCCUACAACUAACCAGAGAUUCCUUGAUAUGCUGAACAGAUUGAUUGACCAGACUACUCAUGAUCUCACCAAAGUUGAGAGAGUAAAAUUUGAGACACUUGUCACAAUUCAUGUACAUCAAAGAGAUAUUUUUGAUGAUUUGACAAGAAUGCACAUCAAAUCCCCAACUGACUUUGAGUGGUUGAAACAGGCAAGGUUCUACUUCAAGGAAGACACUGACUUAUGUAUAGUACAGAUAACUGAUGUAGACUUCAUUUACCAGAAUGAAUUCCUUGGUUGUACAGAUAGACUGGUAAUCACACCACUAACUGACAGAUGUUACAUCACCCUGGCACAGGCACUAGGUAUGUCAAUGGGAGGUGCUCCAGCAGGGCCUGCUGGUACUGGUAAAACUGAAACAACAAAGGAUAUGGGAAAAGCAUUAGGAAAGUAUGUUGUUGUCUUCAACUGCUCAGAUCAAAUGGAUUUUAGAGGAUUAGGGCGAAUCUACAAAGGCUUAGCUCAAUCAGGAUCCUGGGGAUGUUUUGAUGAGUUUAACAGAAUAGAGUUACCUGUGCUGUCCGUGGCAGCACAACAGAUCUACAUUGUACUCACAGCCAAGAAGGAUAGGAAGAAGGAGUUUGUCUUUACAGAUGGAGAUAAUGUAGACUUGAACCCAGAGUUUGGUCUCUUUUUGACAAUGAAUCCUGGUUAUGCAGGUCGUCAAGAAUUGCCAGAGAAUUUGAAAGUACAGUUUAGAACAGUUGCUAUGAUGGUUCCAGACCGACAAAUUAUUAUGAGAGUGAAGCUUGCCUCUUGUGGUUUCCUUGAAAAUGUAUUACUUGCUCAGAAAUUCUACACACUGUACAAACUCUGUGAAGAACAGUUGUCAAAACAGGUGCAUUAUGAUUUUGGGUUGAGAAAUAUUUUGUCAGUAUUGAGAACUCUAGGAGCCAACAAGAGAGCCAGACCAAAUGACACAGAAAGUACAAUUGUAAUGAGGGUGCUGAGAGACAUGAACUUGUCCAAACUGGUAGAUGAAGAUGAGCCUUUGUUUAUGAGUCUUAUUGCUGACUUGUUCCCAGGUAUAACCCUCGACUCUGCAACUUAUGCUGAACUUCAGGUGGCAAUAUCAAAUCAGGUGGAAGCUGCAGGAUUAGUAAACCAUCCCUCAUGGAAUCUGAAACUUGUUCAGCUGUAUGAAACCCAGCGUGUACGUCAUGGAAUGAUGACCCUUGGACCAAGUGGGGCUGGAAAGUCCUGCUGUAUUCAUGUCCUCAUGAAGUCUAUGAGUGACUGCGGAGCUCCACACAGAGAGAUGCGAAUGAACCCAAAGGCUAUUACAGCACCACAAAUGUUUGGUAGACUGGACGUUGCUACCAAUGACUGGACUGAUGGUAUUUUCUCUACUCUGUGGAGAAGGUCUCUGAAGGCAAAGAAAGGAGAGCAUAUCUGGAUAGUCCUGGAUGGUCCAGUAGAUGCCAUUUGGAUUGAGAAUCUCAACUCUGUACUUGAUGACAAUAAAACUCUAACCUUGGCCAAUGGAGAUCGUAUUCCUAUGGCACCCAACUGUAAGAUAGUGUUUGAGGUACACAACAUUGACAAUGCUUCUCCAGCUACUGUGUCCAGGAAUGGUAUGGUGUUCAUGAGUUCUUCAGCACUUGAUUGGAGGCCAAUUCUACAGGGAUAUUUGAAGACAAGAACUGCUCAGGAAAGUGAUGUUCUGUAUGGACUGUUUGACAAGGUGUUUGAUGAUAUCUUCAGAUAUGUUAACCUGAAUCUAACCAUGAAGAUGGAACUCCUUGAGUGCAAUCAGAUAAGACAGGCAACAGACUUGCUGGAAGGUUUGAUUCCAAAAAGAGAUGAUAAGGGAACAUUACCAAGUUCUCAUCUAGAGAAAUUAUUUAUUUUUGCUUUAAUGUGGAGUCUGGGUGCACUACUGGAACUGGAAGACAGAGCGAAGAUGGAAGAGUUCAUUGUGACUCAGUGUAGAGACUUGUCUUUGCCACCAGUCAAAGAUGAUGAGACAAUAUUUGAGUAUUUAGUGGAUGAAAAAGGUCAAUGGCUCCAUUGGUCCUAUAGAAUAGAGGAGUACAUUUAUGCAUCGGAUUUUGUGCCCGAGUUCUCUUCUAUUCUGGUACCAAACGUGGACAAUGUCAGGAGCAACUUCCUUAUUGACACUAUAGCCAAACAAUACAAGGCUGUGCUACUGAUAGGAGAACAAGGAACAGCCAAGACUGUGAUGAUCAAAGGAAAUAUGGCCAAGUAUGAUCCAGAUGCCCACCUCAGCAAGAGUUUCAACUUCUCAUCAGCUAGUACACCUUUGAUGUUCCAGAGAACAAUAGAGAGUUAUGUUGACAAGAGAAUGGGCAGCACAUAUGGACCUCCUGGUGGAAGGCGCAUGACUGUUUUCAUUGAUGAUGUCAACAUGCCCAUUAUUAAUGAAUGGGGAGAUCAGGUUACAAAUGAGAUCACACGUCAGAUGAUGGAGAUGCAUGGAAUGUACAGUCUAGAUAAACCUGGGGACUUCAUUUCUAUAGUAGACUUGCAGUUUGUUGCAGCUAUGAUCCACCCUGGUGGAGGCAGGAAUGAUAUUCCAGAAAGACUGAAAAGGCAGUUUUGUAUCUUCAACUGUACUUUACCAUCAAACAACUCUAUUGAUAAAAUCUUCGGUAUCAUUGGAUGUGGAUACUUUUGUCCUGCAAGGUUCAACACUGAAAUAUGUGAGAUCACAAAGUUGUUGGUUCCAGCAACUAGGAUUGUUUGGCAGGCAACAAAGGUGAAAAUGUUACCAACACCUGCCAAGUUCCAUUACAUUUUCAACUUGAGAGAUUUGUCCCGUAUCUGGGAAGGCAUGUUGAAAAUCCAAGGAGAGGAGUGUUCUGAUAGAGCCACAAUGCUUGGACUUUGGAAGCAUGAGUGUACUAGAGUCAUUGCUGACAGAUUUACUAAUUCAGAAGACAAAACGUGGUUUGAGAAUGCACUGACAAACGUGUGCAAGACACAUCUAGGGGAGGACUACCUCAGUGAACUACCAAAAGAACCAUUCUUUGUUGACUUUCUCAGGGAAGCUCCAGAACCAACAGGUGAAGAAGCUGAUGAUGCUUUACUGGAAGCUCCAAAAAUAUAUGAACAGAUAGAAGACUUGGAAUUUCUGAAUGAGAAACUGAAGAUGUUUAUGGUACAGUACAACGAGACAGUAAGAGGAGGAUCUAUGGAUCUUGUCUUUUUCAAAGAUGCCAUGGUACAUCUUAUCAAGAUCUCUAGAAUCAUUCGUACACCAAGAGGUAAUGCUCUACUUGUUGGAGUUGGUGGUUCAGGCAAACAGUCACUGACAAGAUUAGCUUCCUUUAUUGCCAACUACAAAAUGUUCCAAAUUACUCUUAGCAGAACAUAUGGUAUCAACAACUUGAUGGAUGAUCUGAAGUUUAUGUACAGAGUGGCAGGUGGACAGGGACAUGGUAUAACCUUCAUCUUUACUGACAAUGAAAUCAAAGAUGAAGCCUUCCUCGAAUAUCUGAAUAAUGUGCUUAGCUCUGGAGAGGUGUCAAACUUGUUUGCCAAAGAUGAAUUAGAUGAGAUUACCCAGGAGUUGAUACCUGUGAUGAAAAAAGAGUUUCCAAGACGACCACCAACACCAGAAAAUCUGUACGACUACUUUAUUUCAAGAGCAAGAAAUAACUUACAUGUUGUUCUCUGCUUUUCACCUGUUGGAGAAAAGUUCCGUAACCGGUCACUGAAGUUUCCAGGUUUGAUCUCUGGCUGUACAAUGGAUUGGUUCAGUCGUUGGCCAAGGGAUGCUUUAGUUGCUGUAUCCAAUCAUUUCUUGUCAAAUUUUGAUGUUGUAUGCUCAGCUGAAACGAAAGGACAUUUGGUCAGCACUAUGGGUGUUGUACAUGAUAAUGUGGCGUCUGUUUGUAUUGAAUACUUUCAAAGAUUUCGAAGGCAGACACAUGUAACACCAAAGUCAUACCUUUCAUUUUUGGAUGGCUAUCUGAAUCUGUAUAAAACGAAAUAUGAUGAGAUAGGAGAACUGGCCAGACGUAUGAAUACUGGUCUUGAGAAACUGAUUGAAGCCACUGCAUCUGUGGAUCAACUUUCUAAGGAACUGGUUGUGAAGGAGAAGGAUCUGGCUGUGGCUAAUGUAAAAGCAGACAAGGUAUUAGCUGAAGUGACAGUCAGUGCAACAGCAGCAGAGAAGGUUAAGGCGGAUGUACAGAAAGUUAAAGACAAAGCCCAACAUAUUGUGGAUGAGAUCAAUGUAGAAAAAUCGUAUGCAGAAACUAAACUAGAGGCAGCCAAACCUGCUCUAAUGGAAGCUGAAAGAGCAUUGCAGACUAUCAAAGCGUCUGAUAUUUCAACUGUGAAGAAACUUGGUAAGCCACCUCACCUGAUUAUGAGAAUUAUGGAUUGUGUACUGUUGCUGUUUCAAAAGAAAUUAGACACAGUAACACCUGAUCCAGAGAGGCCAUGCCCUAAGCCUUCAUGGGGUGAAUCACUAAAGUUGAUGAGUGCCUCCGGUUUCCUGCAAAGUUUAGUGACAUUUCCGAAAGACACAAUCAAUGAGGAGACCGUAGAGCUUAUGGAACCAUAUUUACGAAUGGAAGACUUUAAUAUGGAGUCUGCCAAGAAAGUGUGCAGUAAUGUUGCUGGUCUGCUGUCCUGGUCAUGUGCAAUGGCUUUCUUCUUUGGGGUGAACAAAGAAGUGCUUCCACUUAAGGCAAACCUAGCAGUACAGGAAGCAAGACAUGGUGUAGCUCAAGCUGAACUGAAUGGAGCUCAAGCUCAACUUGAUGAGAAACAGAAGGAACUUGAUGCUGUACAGGCCAUGUAUGAUGCUGCGAUGAAAGAGAAACAGGAAUUGUUAGAUGAUGCAGAGUCAUGUAAGAGGAGAAUGACAGCAGCAUCAGCUCUGAUUGGUGGAUUAGCUGGGGAAAAAGUGCGAUGGACUGAGCAAAGCAAACAGUUCAAAUCUCAGAUUGACAGACUAGUUGGAGAUGUGCUGCUUUGUACUGGAUUCUUAUCCUACUCUGGACCCUUUAAUCAAGAAUUCCGCAGUAAACUGAUAAGCAAUUGGCAGAAGGAAAUGUAUCAAAGACGUAUACCAUACACAAAUGAUCUUAACCUCAUCACCAUGCUUGUUGAUAAUGCAACAAUCGGUGAAUGGAAUAUUCAAGGCUUGCCCAAUGAUGACCUGUCUGUACAAAAUGGCAUCAUUACAACGAAAGCUACCAGAUACCCACUUCUGAUAGAUCCGCAGGGACAAGGCAAAAUCUGGAUCAAAAAUAGAGAAAAGGACAGGGAAUUGCAGGUUACAUCUUUGAAUCAUAAAUAUUUCCGCACCCAUCUUGAGGAUGCAUUGUCAUUAGGGAGACCAUUGCUGAUUGAAGAUGUAGAGGAAGAAUUAGAUCCUGCUCUUGAUAAUGUCCUGGAAAAAAACUUCAUUAAAUCUGGAUCCACUUUUAAGGUAAAAGUUGGAGACAAAGAGUGUGAUGUGAUGACAGGCUUUUAUCUGUAUAUUACAACAAAAUUUGCUAACCCAGCAUAUACACCAGAGGUUAGUGCUAGAACAUCUAUCAUUGACUUCACUGUGACAAUGAAAGGCCUGGAGGAUCAGCUGCUUGGACGGGUCAUAUUGACUGAGAAAAAUGAAUUAGAAGCAGAACGUGUUAAGUUGAUGGAGGAUGUCACAGCAAACAAACGCAAGAUGAAGGAACUUGAAGAUAAUCUACUCUUCAAAUUGACGAGUACAAAGGGCUCUUUAGUGGAUGAUGAAUCACUGAUAACAGUGCUAGGUGUGACCAAAGUGACUGCAGCAGAAGUCAGUGAGAAGUUGACAGUAGCGGCAGAAACUGAAAUCAAGAUUAAUGAAGCUCGAGAGGAAUUUAGACCAGUGGCCUCGAGAGGUAGUAUCCUGUAUUUCCUGAUUUGUGACAUGACCAUUGUGAAUAGGAUGUACCAGAUCUCACUUCCACAGUUCCUCGGAAUAUUUGAUACCUCAAUGGCAAGAUCAGAGAAAAGUCCAGUUCCAGCUAAAAGAAUUCAAAAUAUAAUAGACUUUUUGGGAUAUGAAGCUUUCCGAUACACAUGUCGAGGAUUGUAUGAGGAACACAAGUUUCUGUUUGUUCUCUUAAUGACACUGAAGAUUGAUUUACAACAAGGCAGACUGAAACAUGAUGAGUUUCAGACAUUUAUUAAAGGUGGAGCUGCACUGGAUUUGAAUGCAGUCACACGAAAGCCUGCCAGGUGGAUUUCUGACAUGACAUGGCUCAACCUUGUACAGCUGAGUUCUCUGGGUCAGUUCUCCGAGAUACUGAACCAGGUUACACGUAAUGACAGGGGCUGGAAGGCUUGGUUUGAUACUGACGCUCCAGAGGAGACGAUCAUGCCUGAUGGCUAUACAGCAGCACUAGAUUCAUUCAAGAAACUAUUACUGAUUAGAUCUUGGUGUCCGGACAGAACAGUGCCUCAAGCAAGGAAAUAUAUAAGUGAAUCAAUGGGCCCAAUGUAUGCUGAAGCUGUGUUGCUGGAUCUAGAGGCUACCUGGGCUGAAAGUGAUACAAGAACACCACUGAUCUGCUUCUUGUCUAUGGGCUCUGAUCCAACCAAUCAGAUAGAGAAUCUUUGUAAGAAAAAACAGCUGGAAUUUAGAGCCAUCUCAAUGGGACAGGGGCAAGAGGUACAUGCUAGAAAACUGAUCAAUGCUUUCAUGCAAAGUGGAGGUUGGGCUCUGCUGCAGAAUUGCCAUUUAGGGUUAAACUUCAUGGAUGAGUUACUCGAUACACUCUUAGAAGCACAGCAAAUACAUGAAGACUUCAGAGUCUGGAUUACAACAGAGCCUCAUGAUCACUUCCCGAUUAGCUUACUCCAAUCUUCAUUGAAAUUUACCAAUGAGCCACCUCAAGGUAUCAAAGCAGGUUUAAAGAGAACAUAUGCUGGUUUGAGCCAGGAUUUCCUAGAUGUAUGCAGUAUGCCACAGUGGAAGUCUGUGCUCUUUGGUGUGUCUUUCCUACAUACAGUUGUGCAGGAGCGUAGAAAGUUUGGUCCAUUAGGUUGGAACAUUCCAUAUGAGUUUAACUCCUCAGAUUGGCAGGCCAGUGUUCAGUUCUGUCAGAACCAUCUGGAUGAUAUAGAUAUAAAAAAGGGUGUGUCUUGGGUUACAGUACGCUACAUGCUUGGAGAGGUUCAGUAUGGAGGAAGAGUUACCGAUGAUUAUGACAAGAGACUUCUAAAUACAUUUGCUAGAGUAUGGUUUGGGGAAUUCAUGUUUACAGACAACUUCCAGUUUUACACCGGGUACAAGAUACCAAAAGUGAAGUCAUAUGACCAGUUCAUGACAUAUAUAGAGAACUUACCAUUAGUUGACUCCCCAGAGGCUUUUGGUUUACAUCCUAAUGCAGAUAUCACGUACCAAACAAAUAUGGCUGCCAGUAUCUUGGACACUAUUAUGAGUAUACAACCUAAGGAAGGGGGUGCUGGAGCUGGAGAGACAAGAGAAUCUGUUGUGUUCAGAAUGGCAGAGGACAUGCUUGAUAAACUUCCUGCUGACUACAAACCCCAUGAAGUGAAGGACAGGUUAAAGAAGAUGGGUCAGUUACACCCCUUGAAUAUCUUCCUGAAGCAGGAGAUAGACAGAAUGCAGAGAGUCAUAAGCAUUGUUAGGGCAACUCUCAGUGAUCUCAAACUGGCCAUUGAAGGAACAAUUAUUAUGUCAGAGAACCUCAGAGAUGCUUUGGACAAUAUGUUUGAUGCAAAGGUACCCAACUUGUGGCGUAAAGUGUCUUGGCAGUCAUCCACUUUAGGAUUCUGGUAUACUGAACUUUUAGAAAGAAAUGAACAGUUCUUCAGAUGGGUUUUCCAGGGAAGACCAGAUGUUUUCUGGAUGACAGGACUGUUUAAUCCUCAAGGAUUCCUUACGGCUAUGAGACAAGAAGUGACUAGAGCACACAAGGGUUGGGCCUUGGAUUCUGUCACCUUGCACAAUGAUGUGCUAAAAUCAUCCAAGGAGGAUAUCACAGGACCUCCUGCUGAAGGUGUUUAUAUUUAUGGUUUGUAUCUUGAUGGAGCUAGUUGGGACAGGAAGAACUGUAGACUUUCAGAAUCUCAUGCUAAGGUCCUGUUCACACUUCUACCUGUAGUUCACAUGUACGCCAUCAACUCGACAGCACCAAAAGAUCCCAGGUUAUACCAGUGUCCAGUAUACAAGAAACCACAUAGAACAGACUUGACAUAUAUCACAUUCAUUGUUCUCAAAACCACACAGAGUCCAGACCACUGGAUUCUCAGAGGUGUUGCUGCACUUUGUGACAUUAAAUAGAAUUACAUAUUUAUGACAUUUUCAAGAUGCAAACAUCUAUAGUUUGCUGCAUUUUACAAGUCUGCUUAUUUUUACUGUUAGUUUACAGAAGGGCAUUAUACUUGUUACAGUUUUGUUACUGAAUAAAAUGUUACUUUGA